AUGUCUCUUUUUGAGGUUGUUUAUGGCUUUAAUGCUCUAACACCUUUGGAUAUGUUACCAUUGCCUAGCAAUGAGUAUUUUAAUAGUGGUGGCAGGAAACGGGCUGAAUUUGUGAAGGAGAUGCAUUCAAAGGUUCGGGAUAACAUUGCAAAAUCAAACGCUCGAUUUCCCGAGAAACGGAAGUCUAAGCUGAGCCCAAGAGGAGACGGGUCAUUCCAAGUUGUGGAACGCAUCAAUGACAAUGCAUAUCGUAUUGAGCUACCGGGUGAGUACCAAGUUCAUAGCACAUUCAACGUUGCUGACUUAAGUUCUUUUGAUGUAGGAGAUGAACAGACUAAGAAAAUGGGGGACUCAAUUUUUCAAGAAGGGGGGGAUGACAAGGUCGUCAAAAGCGAUGAUGAACCUACACUACCACCAGGUCCGAUUACUCGAAACCGUGCCAAGAAGUUUCAAACUAAUAUUAUGGCAUUAAUUCUAUACUUGGAAAAGGAGAACAUGCAUAAAGUUGAAGCAUGGAGGCCAAUAGGAAGAGCGUUAUCAACAUUGGAGUGCAUCCACCCUUGA